AUGCAACCAGAGGAGAAAUACCUUUUCACAUACAAAGGAUGUUAUUUCCAGCGAGAAAUUGUUUCAGUGGAGUACUUAGAUUCCCUGGAGGAUUUUGAAAUAAGAGACAGUGAUGUGUUUUUAGUCACUUAUCCAAAAUCAGGCACAAUAUGGACUCAAAAUAUUUUGAGCUUGAUUUAUCAUGAAGGUCACCGAGAUGGAACUGAAAAAGUCGACUUACUAGACAGGGCUCCGUGGCUGGAGUACAAUGUCCGCAAUGUGGAUUACGUCAGUCGUCCAUCACCUCGCCUCUUUGCUUCCCAUCUACCCUACUAUUUAGUACCCAAAGGGUUAAGGAACAGAAGAGCAAAAGUUGUUUAUGUGGCCAGAAACCCAAAGGAUGUCUCAGUUUCCUUUUACCAUUUUUCCAAAAUGGCAGUCAAAUUUGAAGAAGUAGAAGAUUUUGGAAUUUUCAUGGAGAGGUUUUUGGCUGGGAAGGUACUUGCAAGUUUAUGGCUGGACCAUGUGGAAGGCUGGUACUCUCACAAGGAUGACUUCAAUAUUCUGUUUCUUACCUAUGAAGAAAUGAAGAAGGACCUGAGAAGCUGUGUCUUGAAAUUAUGCAACUUCCUGGGAAAGAGACUGACGGAAAAGGAGGUGGAUGCUGUUGUGGAUCAGGCUACAUUUAAUAAAAUGAAAGCAGAUCCCAGGGCAAACUAUGAGUUCAUGCCACCGGAUCUCAUGGACCACAGCAAGGGACAUUUUCUUCGAAAAGGCACUGUUGGAGACUGGAAGAACACGAUGACAGUCGCACAAAGUGAAAGGUUUGACAGCGUUUUUAAGGAGAGAAUGGAAAAGCUGCCCAUCGAGUUCUGCUGGGACAUCCAUGAGGAAUCAUGAGUCUGCCUUCAGCCUGGAA